AUGUUGAACCCACCCCUCACCCAUCGGCCCAGGUCGACGCAGCCUGCCCCUUUCAACUUCAAGAAAGCUCUGAAGACCAAAGAUCCAGUGCUUCUCCAGGCUCACAAGCUCAAGAAGAUCCGACAGCAAGUCCUUGACGCGUUCCCUUCCAUCUCUGACGCAGAGCGCGAAACCAUUGUGCCUGAUGGCCUGAGGUCUCAGACGUUCAAAGAUCGAUUCGGAGAAUCUGGAACUCUUUACCUAUCCUCAGAGGGAGACCCGCUUUGGUUCACCACCGGAACAGGCUCAGAAGACCUCGUACCUACAGUCGUCGAACAUCCGAGCGAUGUCUCGCUGGAGCCCGGCCAAUUGGUCGCCGUUUCGCCGUUCUUUCGGCAUGCGAAGAACCCCGCCAUUGCCGUAGGGAGGAUGGUGGUGUCUUCCAGUACUCUAAAUGCGUCGAAGGAUCGACAGGUUCAGACGCGCCAGGCUGUGAACAUUUUCCACCGACGAGACGAUGCGCUAUGGGAACUUGGCGCCAGCGCCAGCGCCGACCCCCCUCGCCCGAGGUACCACCAGCGUCACUCAGAAGUACGAGUUCGGACGAAGAGAAAAUGUGACCCCGCUUCGUCAGAAGGCGAUAAAAACAACACAGAAGCACCGGGUCUAACGGCUACAGACGAAGCACAGUUAUCAGAAGAUGAAAACACGCCUCCCGUUCGUGACCUUACGCCAGAAGACGUCUCGCGUUAUCUUACGACUGCGCUGGUGCAUGUAAUCUGGACUCUUAAAGACGCACCAGCGUCGACGUUCCCUAUACUCGCGACGAUCUUCUGGACCUCCUACGUUUUGCCUGCGCGCCCUGCGAGGGCCUUGAAGCGCCACGGACUGUCAGAUGCAAGCACCAUCAACAUCAAGCAGUCCACUUACAAGACAGUGAAGAGCUUCUUCAAAGCGGCAGCGAAAGAGGGCUUCAUCAAAAUCAAGGAGUCGAAGGGCGACGUCGUGAUCACCGCUAAGACUGCUUUAGGUGUCUGUAGCGACCACUCUGUCGUCCUUCGCCGUCGUUCCUUUGUGACGCUCAAUGAAGCCGAGGUGGGGUCCAAGCCAGAGAAAGCGAGUAGCUCUUCGAAGAAGCCAAAGGUCGGGUCCGGUGUUGAAUGCACCGAGUUCUGGGAGCCACUCAGACUGACCACACCAAUAUUCGCGUCCGCGGAAAACGAACGCUCUCCUGCCAAGUUCUCCAUGGCAGACAUCAAGGCUGCUGUUUACGAAUACGUGGCUCGUCAUUCUCUCGUGAACCGUCUCAAUGACGAGUACGUCGACGUCUGUCGGGACGACCUGCUCAAGUCUAUCGCUACCGAAGCCGGGCGACACAAGAUCGACUACGUGCACCGCGACGAACUCGUCAAGUGCGUCCGCGCGAACAUGCAGGCGUGGCACGAGCUCCGCAGCGACGGCGUGCAGCCGAUGCCCAUGAGCCGCAAGGACCGGAUGCGAACGCACGUCGCUGGCUUUGAGAUGUACGGGAUCGACGCGCGCGGGCUCGCGGACGAGCUGCGACGCGUGUGCGCGAGCGCCACGGCGGUGUCGGCGGGCAAGGAGGGCGAGCAAGCCGCGCGCGGGGUCGAAGUCACGGUGCAGGGGAGCCACAUUCGCGCGGUGACGGAUGCACUCCGCGCGCGCGGGAUUAGGGUAGAGCGGAUUGAGAGCACGGACCUGACGCAGCUGGUAGGAAAGUAG